AUGUCUGUAAAAACGAACCAUGAGUGUAAAGAAAGAGCCAUGUGCGAGUGGAAUGGCAAAGAUCCUAACAAAUUGCAAUACAAGCUAUAUCUCAGCGCUUGUGAACAUAUUGAAGAGCAUAACAAUUUGUUAAUUUCAUUUGAUUGUUUUUGGAGGGCAGAGUUGAGUCUCUCUCUUACUCCUCUAUUCCCUUGUAAAGGUGUUUCUGCAUUGCAGAAAGCAUGGAAGAAAGGCUAUGAAAAAAUAGCUCUCGUUAUCAUGAUUGCCAUUGGAAUGGAUGGUUCAAGAGCAAGAGUUAUGGAGAGGAUCAUUCAAAUUCAGCCAGAGAAAUAUGGGCACCCCUUUGUGUCCUUCUCAUUCUUUUUCAUAAAAGAUGACGACAUCACACGUGGAAUUGACAGCCUCACAGGAAUGAAAGACACGGCCAUAAUGCUGUGCCUGCACUUUAGACCCUUCCCUAUUGAUGUUUCAUCAGGAGGGUGCUCAGUGUUCACAAAGCACAUCCCACGCCUUUUACUUAGAAGCCCAGACACAAAAGUAAUCACCAGAGCAGAAAAUACCAGGCAGAUGCACAUAUCCAUGCAUAGGAAAAAGGUUUUACCUUAUGGGAGAUUCAGGAGUGUCUGUGGAUUGUGUAUUAAGAAAGCAAACAGUUACGUCCAAUCCCUGGCAAUGAAGCAUGGUUUUCAGUAUCUUAACAUUGGUGUCCCUGAUUCCUAUUGA